AUGAGAUUCAUAAAAUGUUCAAAAGAAAACUCUGUAUAUCGCAAGGAAGAAGGAGGAACACUUCUCAUCGUUGCCAUUUACGUUGAUGACUUGUUUGUGACCGGAAACACAUUAAAAGUCAUAAGUGAUUUCAAAGCUGGGAUGUCAUCUAAGUUUGAGAUGUCAGAUCUCGGAAGGCUCACUUAUUAUCUCGGGAUCGAAGUGCUCCAAGUCGAAGACGGAAUCGAGAUCAAACAAGAGGGAUAUGCUCGAAGAAUCUUAAGGGAAGCUGGUUUAGAAACCUGCAACUCAACUCAAGAACCUAUGGAGUUUGGAUUGCUAGUUUCUAAAGCUCAAGAAGAAAUCGAGAUAGACACGAAAAAAUACAGAAGGAAUGUAGGAUGCUUGCAAUACUUACUACAUACACGACCAGACCUAGCAUUCUCUGCUGGAGUUACUAGUAGGUAUAUGCAUAGUCCUCGUAAAUCUCAUGGUGAGGUAAUGAAACAUAUACUACGGUAUCUUAUAGGAACUAUAGGUUUUGGUCUGAAGUUUAAUCGUGGAGGAUCUAAGAAGAUUGUGGGGUUUAGUGAUAGCAGCCACAAUAUCGAUCCGGACGAUGGAAGAAGCACAACGGGUCACAUGUUCUAUUUUGGAUCCUCACCGAUAACUUGGUGUUCUCAGAAACAGAAUACGAUUGCUCUCUCGUCGUGCGAAGCAGAGUUCAUGGCAUCAACGGAAGCAGCCAAACAAGCCAUUUGGCUCCAAGACUUACUAAGCGAGAUCACCAGAUGGAAGACUGAACAGAUCACCAUUCACAUUGACAAUAAAUCAGCGAUAGAACUCACUAAGAACCCUGUCUUCCAUGGUAGAAGCAAACAUAUUCAUAAACGUUAUCAUUUUAUACGAGAGUGCAUUGAGAACGAGGUUGUUGAUGUGGAGCACGUACCGGGAGUGGAACAAAGGGCAGACAUACUGACUAAAGCAUUAGCACGGCUCAAGUUUAAAGAAAUGAGAAGCUUGUUAGGUGUUCAAUACCUCACUAAGAAGAACUUGAAGCUUAAGGGGGUGAAUGUUGGGUUUGAUGGGGCGUUCAUCGACGGUGACCAAGAGAGCGCCGAACUUGAUAACGACGGAUUUGAUGAACCGAUGCUGCCAGUGGAGUACGAUUUGAUCAUCCGAUGGUUUCGAGUUCACUCUUCCCCAAGUAGAGAGAGACAAGAAUAA